AUGGCUCCGGCACAGGAUACCAUGUUUCGCUCUGCGAACAUGAGUAUGGUGCAGUUGUACAUAUCCAAUGAAAUAGGUCGCGAGGUUGUCACAGCACUUGGAGAGCUUGGUCUCCUCCAGUUCCGAGAUCUCAAUGGCGAAGUCAGCGCUUUUCAACGUACCUUUACUCAGGAGAUUCGAAGGCUCGACAAUGUCGAACGCCAGCUGCGAUUUUUCUACACUCAAAUGGAGAAGGCCGGAAUUCCUCUCCGAAAGUUCGAUGUCGACGCGGAGAGACUCGCUAAUCCCUCCACUUCGGAGAUUGACGAGCUUGCUGAGCGCAGCCAGAGCCUGGAGCAGCGCGUCUUCCAACUCAACGACAGUUACGAGACCUUAAAAAGACGCGAAGUUGAGCUCACUGAAUGGCGUUGGGUUCUUCGCGAGGCUGGUGGCUUCUUUGACAGGGCCCACGGCAACGUUGAGGAAAUCCGUGCGUCUACCGACAACGACGAUGCCCCCCUCUUGCAGGACGUUGAACAGCACAACUCGGCCCCCGAUGUUGAUCGCUCGUUCUCCGGCAUGAACAUUGGCUUUGUCGCCGGCGUGAUCAACCGCGACCGCGUCGCCUCAUUUGAGCGCAUUCUCUGGAGGACACUGCGUGGAAACUUGUACAUGAACCAGUCUGAGAUUCCCGAGCCGCUUGUUGAUCCCACCAACAACGAGGAGAUUCACAAAAACGUCUUUGUCAUCUUUGCCCACGGCAAGGAGAUUCUGGCCAAGAUUCGCAGGAUUUCUGAGUCUAUGGGUGCCGAGGUCUACAACGUCGAUGAGAACAGCGAUCUCCGUCGUGACCAGAUCCACGAGGUCAACGCCCGCCUCAAUGAUGUCCAGAACGUCCUGCGCAACACACAGCAGACCCUGAACGCUGAGCUCACUCAGAUUUCCCAGGCUCUGUCCGCUUGGAUGGUCCUAGUUACGAAGGAGAAGGCUGUUUAUAACACACUCAAUCUCUUCUCGUACGACCGCGCUCGUCGCACACUCAUUGCUGAGGGUUGGUGUCCGACCAACGAUCUGCCGAGAAUUCGAUCGACACUGCAAGAUGUUACCAACCGUGCAGGCUUGUCUGUUCCUUCCAUUAUCAACGAGAUUCGAACCAACAAGACUCCUCCGACUUACAUCAAGACCAACAAGUUUACCGAGGCCUUCCAGACUAUUGUUAACGCCUACGGUACGCCCACCUAUCAGGAAGUUAACCCGGCUCUUCCAGUCAUCGUUACCUUCCCAUUCCUCUUUGCGGUCAUGUUUGGUGACUUGGGACACGCCAUUAUCAUGACGCUUGCCGCCGUCGCCAUGAUCUACUGGGAGAAGCCUCUGAAGAAGGUUACCUUCGAGCUGUUCGCAAUGAUGUUCUAUGGAAGAUACAUUGCCCUUGUCAUGGGUCUUUUCUCUAUCUUUACCGGUCUCAUCUACAAUGAUAUCUUCUCCAAGUCCAUGACCUUGUUCGACAGUGCCUGGGAGUGGGAUGUCGGCAACGAUUACAAGGAUGCCAGAACGCUUGUCGGCAAGCUCAACGACAAGGGCUACCGCUACCCUUUUGGUCUCGACUGGAGAUGGCAUGGAACUGACAACGACCUUCUUUUCAGCAACAGUUACAAGAUGAAGAUGAGUAUCGUUCUGGGUUGGGCCCAUAUGACUUACUCAUUGAUCUUCUCCUAUGUCAACGCCAAGCACUUCAAGAAGAGGGUCGACAUCUGGGGAAACUUCGUUCCCGGCAUGAUCUUCUUCCAGUCUAUUUUCGGCUACCUAGUGCUUUGCAUUAUCUACAAGUGGAGCGUCAACUGGUACGACCCAUCGGUCAAGGAGGCCCCUCCCGGAUUGUUGAACAUGUUGAUCUACAUGUUCUUGUCACCCGGUUCUACCCCUGAGAAGUUGUACAACGGACAGGGAACUAUUCAAGUCAUUCUUUUGCUCCUUGCUUUCGCUCAAGUUCCGGUUCUUCUGUUCUUGAAACCUUUCUGGCUUCGCUGGGAGCACAAUCACGCUCGUGCCAAGGGUUAUAGGGGUAUUGGCGAGAGUUCUCGCGUUAGUGCUCUUGAUGGCGAUGACGAUGAUGAGGCACAGCCACUCAACGGCCGCCCCAGCUUCGAGUCGGACGGUGAGGGCGUAGCAAUGAUUACGCAGGAUCUACAUGGAGAUGAAGGGCACGAGGAGUUUGAGUUCAGCGAAGUCAUGAUUCACCAAGUCAUUCACACUAUUGAAUUCUGCUUGAACUGUGUUUCCCAUACAGCUUCCUACCUCCGUCUUUGGGCCUUGUCGCUUGCUCAUCAGCAACUCAGUGUUGUUCUCUGGAACAUGACGCUCAACAACGUUAUCUCCAUGACUGGUGUCAUUGGUGUCAUUGCUACCGUCAUUGGGUUCUACUUAUGGUUCUUCCUCACUAUCGCCAUUCUGGUCCUCAUGGAGGGUACCAGUGCCAUGUUGCACUCUCUCAGAUUGGCCUGGGUCGAAUCCUUCUCCAAGUUCGCCGAGUUUGCCGGCUGGCCGUUCGCCCCCUUUUCGUUCAACACUUUGUUAGAAGAGACCGAGGAGCUGAAGGAGUACCUAGGUUAA